GGUUGAUGUUCAUACCUGUGGAAAAGAAAUGGUGAAAUCUCUUGAAGAUGCUUCUUACCCCGAUGAACUCCCAGAGUUCUUCAAAGUUUAUAUGGCUGCUCUUUGGUCUGAAAGAUUGAGAAUUCCUCCGGCUUUCAUUGAGAAUUUUGGUAGAAAAAUACCUCGAAAUGUAAUGCUUGGAACGUCAUCAAACCUCUUUUGGAUGGUUCACAUAAACAAAAUCAAUGAUGAUCUCUUUUUUGAGGAAGGUUGGCCAGAAUUUGUGCAAGAAAAUUCAUUGGCACAUGGAGAAUUUCUAACCUUUUCAUAUGCCGGUGACUCAAAGUUCUAUGUUAAAAUAUUUGCAACAAAUGGCU